ACCGCUAUAGCAUGACCAACAAAAUAACAAAUAAAAAUGUGUGGCCUUUUAAAAAAGUAUAUCUAAUUAAAAAAAACUCGUCAUAUUGAAUUUCAUACUGAAUAAUAGUGUCACGGCUGCAUGUAUACAUAUGCCAUGUAAUCGGAGUGAAGUCUCGCUAUAUUUUCGCUGAGACACAGCGGUUUGUUUUGGUUUCAUUUCUUGUGUACGUCAUUGUGUUUUCAAAGAUGGCUGGACUCGAGCUGCUCUUCAACUGCGUGUCAAGCUCUAUAACCUGCUGUCAAGAUGCUUUGAUUUGUUUUGUACACUGGGAAAUAGUGAAACGCGGCUAUAAAUGUCUGGGGACUGGAGAUGACCCUCGAGAUGGAGAAAAGAAAUCCGAACUGCUUCCCUCCGGCUGGAAUGAGAGCAAGGAACUGUAUACACUCAGAUACAGAUCAAAUGAUGACAAGUCAAGCAUACUGCUCAAAGCUUUCACAGUGGAUUCAACCCUCAUCUUCAAUUUAAUGGACUCAACAACAGAAAAAGUAACAGACCUCACAGUUAACAUCAGCGACUAUGUAGAUGAGGCUAAUCUACAGACAUUUGAAAGCGUGUUUAAGAACACAGAGGAGUUGACCAAGAAGCUGAAGUCUUCACUGUUGCCUUCUGAAAAGGACGUUCAAGCAAAGACAGAGAAGAAGAGAGAGAGUGAAAGAGCCUCAAACUCAAGAGACUCAAACAGUGAUCCUCUUCUGAUCCAGACCAGAGUCCCCCCGACCAGACACCCACCAAACUGGCCUGACCCGAUGGCUCCGUUUGCCGCUGGAGGUGCUGACCUCGACCCCUUUGGGGGAAGGGCAGGAGGAAUGAUUGUCGAUCCGUUACGUGCCGGGUUUCCUCGCUCAGGGUUUGACCCCUCAUUUGGGAUUCCUGGAGUCCUCCCGCCAGGCGCUGUGCCUCCUGGUGCCCGCUUUGACCCCUUCGGACCAGUUGGGCGUCACAGACCCGGGCCAGACCCAGAUCACAUGCCGCCGCCAGGUUAUGAUGACAUGUUUAUGUAGAAUAAAGAAGACUAACCAUGUUUCUCACCUAUAAAACUUCCUUUUUCCAUAACUUCCCAGACUACUCACUGCCCCACAGUGACAUGCACUUUGCGUUUGAAUAAGCCUAUUUAAAAGGGUUGUGAUGAAACAUAAUUUCUAUUAAAAAUGAACUAAACAUCUGGAUUGUUCUGACAAAGCAAGCACUUAUAAUUCCAUUCUUUUAUCUUUGAUUUGUAUUUAUCCUGUUUGUUCUUUUCGCUAAUGGUGAAUUGGUCAAAUAAAAACAGCUUUUCUU